AUGGUGGCGAGGGGCAGUCGGAGUUCGGCAGCGCCCGCCAACUCCUCGUCGCUCCAACCGCCGCCCAUCGGCGAUCUCGUCAUCUCGGUCGACGAGGAGCCGAUCGCGGUGACGAGUGCGCCGCAGACGAAGCCGCCCAAGAAGGGAUGGGUGAAGGCGGCGAAGACGAAAGCCACCGGGACCCUCCGACGGACGUUGUUCGGCCGGAGCACGAAGCGACGCGCCAAAGAUGCGGAGGAUGUGAUCCGCGAGGUCGAGGACGAGGAGGACGACGAUUUCAGUCAGGACAACUACGAUACGGUCAAAUCGCUCCCAGCUUCGGGCCACUAUGGAAAGUCGCGUGUGGGCAACACGUCGCACAGUAAACUGCAAGACCUCGCCGACGAGAUCCGCGCGAGAACCUCGGGCGCGAAGCAGGGCUCGGAACCGCCGGCGCCAAAACCGCCCGUGAUCAUCUUCCGGGUGCCGCGGAAGCACGCCAACUCGAUGUCGUCGUUGCGCAUCUCGCCGGGAGCCGGCGGCGUCGUGAAAGCGCCGCUCUCCGAUCCGGUCUUUGACUUUUACACGUGGCACACCUCAGAAGCCGGUUAGUGUGUCUUAUUCCGUUCCCUUUUGCAGGCGUCCCUAUUCUCGUCGUUCGACUCGAUGUCCAUCGGUACCGCGGUACCGGACAUUAACGCCAUCUUCUUUGGUACGCGGCCGGACGAUGAAGAAGACGAAUUUUCAAUGUUUUCCCAUUCCCAACCCUCACUUUUGCAGACAACCACGACGCGGUGUACUCGUUGUUCAUGAAGGCGCACAAGUGUUACGAUCUGAUUCCGACCUCGUCGAAGUUGGUCGUUUUCGACACUCACCUGCCGGUCAGGAAGGCCUUCUACGCGCUGGUCUACAAUGGAGUCCGCGCGGCGCCGUUGUGGGACACAGAGAAUCAGCGGUUCACCGGAAUGCUCACCAUCACCGAUUUCAUCAAGAUUUUGUGCAAGUGAGUGUGGGAAUUUCUGUCGGGGAUGGGAAGGCGUAAAUCGACACCGCGCUCUAUUGAUACCGAAAUUGAGAAUCUUAUUGAUGUUUUUACAGGCACUACGAUCAGGGCGACAAUGCGGAGCGCAUCCGCGCACUCGAAGACCAACAAAUCAGUCACUGGCGCGAUCAGUUCGAGCAGGAGGGAACGCUCCGCCCGUUCGUCUACAUCGACCCGAACGAGAGUCUCCAUCGCGCGGUCGAAGUUCUUUGCGAGUCGAAAGUGCACCGACUGCCGGUGCUGGAUCGGCGGACAGGCAACAUCACGUACAUACUGACGCACAAGCGCAUCAUGAAGUUCCUCUCACUGUACAUGCGCGACCUGCCCCGACCGUCGUUCAUGUCGUGCACACCGCGCGAGCUGGGCAUCGGCGCGUGGGGCGACAUCCUCUGCUGCCACGUCGACACUCCGAUCCACGACGCGCUCGAACUGUUCCUCAAGAACCGCGUCUCGGCGCUGCCGCUCAUCGACGAGACCGGCAAAGUGGUGGACAUUUACGCGAAGUUCGACGUCAUCAGUCUGGCCGCCGAAAAUUCGUACGAUAAACUCGAUUGCACAGUGCAGGAGGCGUUGCAGCACCGAUCCGAGGUAUUAUCGAUUGGUUUUGUGUAGAAAUUUCAAUGUUUUUCAGUGGUUCGAAGGAGUGCACACGUGUCUGGAGACGGACUCGCUCUUCCAGGUGCUCGAGGCGAUUGUGAAGGCCGAAGUGCACAGACUGAUUGUGACCGAUCAGGACAAAAAGGUAAACAUCUGUUUAGCACAAUUUUCCGAAAACUGAAGUACAUUUUUUGCAGGUCGUCGGCGUCGUUUCGCUCUCGGACAUUCUCAAGUACCUGGUGCUGGAUCCGUGCCAGAAACCGCCGGCCGCCGCAGGUCCGCCGACACGAAACGCGAGCGGCACGUCGACGGGCGGCUCGACAGACUCGCCGCCCAACAGCAUUCCCGAAGGCGUCGAGAUUGAGGAGGACGAGGAGCCGGCGCCGUGCUCAUCGACCUCCCGCGCCGCCAACUAG